UAAGGGCAACGUAAACGUAAUGGGUCACUGCUACCUUGUGAUUGGCUCGCUUUCUCCGUCGUACGGUCUCAGGUAACCACGGUAACGUUGCUGCACCAUGGAAGCUCCGGAGGCUGAGAUUAUUAUACCAGGCCGCAGCAGUUCUCCCAGCCCAGUGAUAACCCCAACACGGGAGGAAGACAGUGGAGGCCCCGGGGUGUGUUCAUUGUGCCUCUCCGGGCCCGGGAAAUACACGUGUCCGCGCUGCAAUGCCCCUUACUGCAGCCUGGCCUGUUACAAGGGGCCCCGGCACACGGCCUGCUCCGAGCUCUUCUACAGGGACUGUGUGCUGCAGACUCUGAGGGAGGACAAGGCCGGGGGUCAGGAGAGGCAACAGAUGGAGGAGAUGCUACUGAGACUGAGAGAGGAGGAGGAGGCUGGAGAGGAGGCAGCUGUUGGGGAGAUGAAUGGAGAGGAGGCUGAGCUGUGGAAUAGUCUCAGUGCCCAGGAGAAGGCUCAGUUCAUCAGGCUUGUAGACAGUGGGGACAUCGGGGCCUUGGUCCCUCAGUGGAAGCCUUGGUGGGACCCUGAGGGGAUCAGACAUGAGAAGAUCAUGGAGCUCCCGGAGGAGGACAAGUCCAGGAGAGAAAUGUCCAAUAAAGGCCCCGAAGACUCUCCUAUCCCUGAAAAUACCAAGGAAGCUGCGGGCCUGAGCGUCCGUGAGCAGACCUCCAUGGUGCCCCCGAUACUGAGCUCCAUCCCACCCCUCAGCUCCCUCAGCCGUAAUCCCUCCCCUCUAGUGAAGUACAGUGUGGUCAGUGUCAUUUACGGCUACGCCUUUUCCCUUCUGCGGCACAAUGGCGAUGUGAGCGACCCGGACAUCCUAUUACACUUCACAGAGACCUUGUUCGCUGUCUCUCCUGCUCUCAGUACCAAUGCUGUGUACAACUCCACGGCUCAUGCCUUAAGUAGUGCCAUCCGCGCCACCUCUGACACACAGCUAGGAGGCGAUAGAAGCCUAGCCUGUUCUGCCAUGGAGGCCACAUCUCAGAUUCUGCAUGGUGAUGAGUCCAAAACCUACUCUCUGGCUGCUCUCUCCCACUUAUUCCGUUUGCUGGGAAGAGUACGUAAACAGGUAGCUGGUGAUAAAGACAUUCGGAAAGGUGCCUUCAAUGCCAAGAAGAAAUGCUUGUUCCUGGCUGCAUGGGUGAAGGAGAAUGAGGACUGUUUGGUGGUGUUGUCUAAGGAGAUCAUGGCGGAGUACAGACAGUAUAUUGAUGAACUCAGUGGGGUGGCAGAAAUUUCUGAAGGACUGCAGAAGGUCUGGGGUGGGAAAAGGCCACAGGAGAAGAAGAAACUCAUACAAGAAGUUGAUCCUCCAACAGAUGAACUCUGAGUGUUCACAAAUAAAAUCUGAAUGGCGGAUUUUCAAAAUGGAACUGCCAUUAAUGACUGUUUUACAAAGGUGCAAGCUCUGGAGCCAUCAUCCUUGCUUCACUACAUAGGGGGAGAUUUAGGCCCCUUUCACACUGGGGUGGCGGUAUAGCGCGGCUAUUUUUA